CCAUGUAUAAACAGUUAACAACCAUUGCAUCUUGAUUUGGAUUGUAUGAGUAUAAUAAAGCUGACAACGAUAUGCAUUUGUUGAACAGUGUGGGAGUUUUUGCAUGUGCUAUUAUAGUAAAAGGUGAAUACUUUUUAAGCAAGACAUCAACCAGCUGGUAUAAUGUACAAUGUUCAAUGGCAGAACCGGAGCUUGAAUUUAAGAAUGGCCACUUUGAACUCAGAGAAUCGAUUAACCUGCUGCCAAGAAAUCCUGAAGCAUGGGUCGGCUAUAUUUCCACAAAGGUUCCUUUUUUGUUCUUAGGUUGUGCGAAGUUGUCGAGUAGCCACAUUUUUACAGUGCAGAGCAUUGGUUACUGCCAUAACGUGUGUGGUGGUGGAAUGUUUGGAAUAAAAUCCAGCGUUCAGUUUGAGUGUCGAUGUGCAAGCCAAUCAGUGGCUAUACUGCUGCAGCAAUGCUUCGGGAAUAUUUGCAGCGACUGUUGGUCAAUUUACACUAAAACAACUGCCACCGCCUAUGAUAGACUCGUCAGAAGGAACCUAUCGGCGGUUGAUUGUCUGACAUACAACCAUCCGACAUUUCAUUGGAGUCUAUGUGAAGGCUCUGUUAGGAAGGUCAUGUGCAGCAACAAAACCUAUACAGAUUUAACAGCAAAGGCGAAAGUUAUUGACCAAUCAGAAAACACGUGGCGAACUGGCAUAGCUCAUUGUUUGGAAUAUAACAUGUACCCAGCGUCACAACACAGCAUAAUUAUUGGUGGAUUUGGAAACGUUCAAAGUCAGCCGUACUGGACAGGAGUAAUAAGAGCGCACACAUUAGUGAGACGAUCGACAAAAGACAAUGUUACAUCGACCCCAGAGGAGGGAUAUGCAUGGAUAAACGAUACUGAUCAAACAAUCUAUCUGUCAUUCUUCGGAGUUAAACAAAGUAUAUGUUUCAAAGCGAAUGCUACACCACUUUCUACGACAACGAUAUUUCAGACACAAUAUUCAACGCACAGCACCUACGCCAACCAUGUUGAGGAUCAAAGUUCGACCAACGUUGAUCCGAAUAGUGUUGGUGUUGGUGUCGGUGUGUCAGUUGCGGUUCUAUUCACAGUAGGUGGAGCCGUGAUUAUUAUUGCAAUUAAAAGGAGAGGCAAUCUAAACUGUUGGAAGAAACAUUAUAAUGCCCAAAAUAUUCCAAACGGCUCUACUGAUGUGUUUUGUGUUAAUCCGACCACUGGCAAAGUUGCUGACGGUAUAGACAACCAUAACUAUUUCGUACUUGAGAAAUGCACAAUAUCAGAUGCAGAUAACAGCAUUAACCUUACUUCAAUAAGUACUGAAAAUGACGAUAAUUACAAUUCUAUAAAUGAGAUCGACGAACCAUACGCACGUGUUGAAGAUGAUAACUACGACUACACAACUAAUACCAGUGAAGCUUUAAGAACGACCAUGACUCCAAGUAAUGUGUAUAUUAAACUGGGGAAUGCCCUACCCAUGUACACUAAUCACGCGGGUAGGAACAUGCAUGGAAUCAGUCAAAAUAUGGCUCAGGAACCUGACAAUGAUUACAACAUCACACCAAUUGUAAUGUCUAUACAAGCAAAAAUGGCGCACGUUGACGAAUGCGAUUAUGAUCACAUCAGACACCCAAUUAUCGCAACUCAGAACAAAACGACGAAAAGGAUGGGUGAAAACACAAACGAAUAGUAUGUUAUCAACAGUGCUUGACUAAAGAAAGUUUCGAGUGAUACUAAUGACUAUACACAUUUACCCGAAUGUUAACAGUAUUCGACCAUUAACUCAUCAUGACAAUCAAUUAUGGCAUCCACGCUAACGACAGAGAACCAGCAGUAUAACAUGGCGUAUAUGAAGCAAAGCCUGUGGCUUUCCUGUCACUAUCGUAACAAAAACUCAUCAUUUAAUAUACACAUCAUGAGUUCUGUCAAAGUUAAAACACUAUUUGUUUAUGCAUAUUGUUUUUGGCCUGUCUGUAUGUCUGUCCGUCUGUCCGUCUGUCUGUCUGUCUGUCUGUCUGUCCCAAAACUUUAGCCUUGCUCAUAAAAUGAAAACUCUUGGGUCUAUGUUCUUUAAACUUCACAUAUGCAUGCAUCUCAUUGAGAUCUACAAUCUAACAUGUUUUGUGGUCACGUGGUCAAAGGUCAAAGUCACUGUGACCUAAACAUUAAAAAAAAAAAUCUACACUGGCUGCCGUGCGGCUUCAAAGCGCAGUAGGGGGCAUUGUGUUUCACAAUCACAGUUCUUGUGUUGUUGUUUUUUAAAUUAAAACACUAUUUACUUGGUUCGUAAUUGUAGAACUUGAUGUAAAUAUAAACCUUAGUAGCCAAGACUUAGUUUAUAUACCAAUAUACGAUUACAACUACUAUAUUGAUUACUAAAACCAAUUAACAGCAUUUUCAUACCAAUAUAAACGCCCCAACAUGGUUAAGGUAAACACUAUUACGUACGAAACGACAUAUGGCAUAUUGCACACAUACAUAUAAAAUGGAAUGUUUUGGUUUUCAGUGUAAGGUCGUAUCAUCAUUUUAUGAUCAUUUUAAAAUAAACAUUCAAAUAGCUUACUUUAAGCGGGUGUGUAAUGUCAGUAUUAAAUGUAGUCGUCAAUUUACUUUAACAUAAAUCGCACUCGAGUAGUUAAUUAACUCAAACUCAUAUAUUUUCGUGAACAUUGUUUAAAAAUGAAAUAUAAAAUAAUGUUAUGAAUAUGCAAAAUGCAAAUUACAUCAAUAUGCAUAUUAUUCAGGCUCUUAUAACCUACUUUCUUCAUAAAAGAGCUAAUAUAAACCGUAUGCCGACAAAAGUUCAUGGCAAUAACGUAUUUUAAGUUGUCUUCAUAGUCAUCAUCGAAUUGCUGUUUGAAUGCAAUUGACUUCGUCAAUAUCUAAUACAUUUAACAAUUAAACACACACCGGAAUGCAAUAAACUAUUUGUUCAUAAGAUGUCUACAAAGAUACACCACGCGUAUGACAUGAACACAACAUCUCGCGUAAAACAAACUAAUGCAACGUUUGCAUGCUUCCAGAUGGUUUAACAGGUGGAGUGGAUGAAUCGAUGAUUAGGUCAUAUGCCAUUUGGAUAACAUAAUAAAACUUGGCACCAAUCCUAUGUGAAACGUUCAAACCUUAUAAUUUCAGUCGAGCUAGAUUAAAAUGAUCAGUUUAGCAUUCACUGUUAAUCUCUCAUGAACCGCUUAUAGUUAAUGACAAUUGUUUAUUGAUUGCACCAAUCCUAUGUGAAACGUUCAAACCUUAUAAUUUCAGUCGAGCUAGAUUAAAAUGAUCAGUUUAGCAUUCACUGUUAAUUUCUCAUGAACCGCUUAUAGUUAAUGACAAUUAUUUAUUGAUUGCACAUUUAUAAAUUGAUUUUUGUAAUGCAUGCGAUUCUCACUUAAUAGUAAGGAAGAAAGUCAUGGGACUCGUUAACCACUGCAUGACUGGUUUGUCUUAAAGGUGCCUUUUCACAGAUUUUGGCAUUUUUUAACUUAUUCAUUAAAUGCUUUAUAUCGAUAAAUGUAAACAUUGGAUCGUAAAAGCUCCAGUAAAAAAUCAAGAAUAAAAUUAAAAACAGGAAAAGAACAUUGCCCGGACCAGGUUUCGAACCAGUGACCCCUGGAGUCCUGCCAGAGUCCUGAAGUAAAAACGCUUUAGCCUACUGAGCUAUUCCGCUGAGUACACUUACUUGACGUAUUUUAUACCUUAUAUAAGCAAUCUUCGUAGUUUCACAAAAUUUAACGACAAAAACAGAACUCUCCAAAUUAUUCAAUCGUUUCGCGUUGCAACGCUUUAUAAUUUUUAGGUUUUAAAAUCGUUAAAAGAUGCAUAUAAUGGCUAUAUUAGACCAUGGUAAAUGUUCAGUAGUACUGUUUCCUCACAAAUAUCAUAACUAAAACGAAAAUUUGCGAAUCUGAAACAACUUUUUUCAAUUUUGUCAAUUUACCAAAGCGUGAAAAGAUCCCUUUAAACGACGGUACAAUUUUUAAAGAUAAUUUAUUGAAUAAAGUACCUAGAUUAUAAACAUUUUGUAGUUUAACUUUGAAAAUUCAAGUGCCUUUGUCAUCUGAGUUUUGAUCUGUAUUGUACUAGUAGUUGUAGAGACUGUUUUCUUGUCGAAGUUAUUAUUAUAUGUUUCCAUGUAUAUAAUUAUCAUAACUUUGUAUUUUACAAAUUUUAAAUCCAUUUGUAUUACAGUGUGUUUGUGUACAAGCUUGUCAUAUAUCACAUGGCCUAUGUUUGUGCAGUUGUGUACCGUUCCCGAAUAAAGGACCACUCAGUGUUAA